UAUAUAUAUAUAUAUAUAUAUAUAUAUAUAUCAUACGCCAAGUUCUUGACUGGUGUGGUCGUGUCAGCGUAUAUAUAUAUAUAUGUUUAGGACAGCAUAUAUAACUGACAACUUGCUUUUGGCUAACUUCUAAAGAAGAAGGCAAAACAGCUGGACAUUACCGACAUGGAUAAUACCUGGACUUUACUCAUUCUUUCUUUGGCCAUGCUACUAGGAUGUUAUAUAUCUGGCGUUAUACCGUUGGCAUUCCAUUUCACAGAGACAAAAGUGAAAAUAGUUCCUGUUCUUGGGACGGGACUCUUAAUAGGCACAGCCUUGGCAGUAAUUAUUCCUGAAGGCGUACAUGUUAUGUAUUCGCAUCAUCACAACCAUGCACAUAGUCACAGCAUAGAGAAAAUGGACGUGAAAGAAGCCGUCGCAAAAGUUGGCAUUGCACAUUCUUCAAUACAUGACGAACACUCACACAACACACACACCGAUUCUGGCGGCACAGAAAACCAUGAGAAUGUCCACAGUUUGAUAGGGGUGGCACUGGUUGCCGGCUUCAUCACAAUGUUGCUUAUUGACCAACUGUUUGGCGGCUCUCAUGCUCACUCUGCCGCAGAUCCUGAACACAACCAAACAACUGUGCAGAACAGAAAUAAAUUCACAGCUACUCUAGGUUUAGUGAUACACGCUGCUGCUGACGGCAUUGCUCUCGGUGCUGCUGUCACAAUGUCUGAGGACCAUGUCACUUUGAUCGUCUUUCUGGCUAUCAUGUUACACAAGGCACCAGCUUCAUUUGGUUUAGUAUCGUUCCUCAUGCUUGAAGGUUUGGAGAGAGCUAGAAUCAAAAGACAUUUGCUUGCCUUUUCUGUCUCAGCGCCAUUGUUAUCAAUUCUCACAUAUUUGGGAUUGAGCCAACAAAAUAAAGAAACCUUGUCCAAUCUUCAUGCAACUGGACUUGCUCUUCUAUUCAGUGCCGGAACUUUCUUGUAUGUGGCCACGGUACACGUCUUGCCUGAAGUGGCCAACACUCCAGCGCAAACCACACAUGAUGGCAUGACCAUCACUCGAGAACAGAAAGGUUUUAACAAGAAGGAACUUUUUACAUUUGUGCUAGGGUCAGCCAUUCCCGUAAUUUUGGCUCUCAGCCACAAGCACUGAGAGAUAUAUUUGUGUAUGUCUUUAGAGAAAAAUUUGAAAAUUAAAAAAAAAAAAUUGGAAAAAAGAACUCAAAAAAACAUUGCUUUUUUAUUGUUUUGUUUAUAUUUUGUUGAAUUUUUUUUUUUUUUACAUUUCUAGAUUUUGGGCAUGGUACCAAAAAUUCUAGGUAUUUCAAUUAUCAUCUUUAGAUAACAUUCUAAAGUUAAAAACCAAAAAAAAUUUUAAUUUUUCACAUUUUUUUUUUAUUAUUUUUAUCUGUGCUUGAACUUUUUAUCACCUCUGAUUUCUUUUCCUUCAGAGGAUAGAAAAUGUCAGAAUUAAUUAGAAAAGAUCAAAUGCAGUCAUUUUUAUUUAUUUUUUAUUCAUCUGUUUGUUUAUUUUUAAUUUUAAGCAUUUACAUUUAUUAAUUUUUUUUAAAAACUCAUUUAAAAACUUUAGGAGAAAGUUAUCUCCCUUAGAAUACGUUAUAACAUUUUUGCUUCAUUUCUCAAAUUUUCAAUUUGGGAAGAAAAAAACUCUAAUUAAAACAAAAUAAACAAACAAAAACUCUUGAUAAAUCCAGAUUUAUACCAUAAUAUAACAUAUACAUACAUAUAUAUAGACACAGACAAGUGUGCUGUACUAUAAAAUGUUCUUUUGAAAUUUCUCUUCACUAAAAUCAAUGGUUUAUUGCGUUAUAAAAGACAACUUUUUGUUUAA